AUGGCUCGCCUCAAUCCCACCACGAAAUCAAAAGCCCCUCCACUCUUCAGACCUCCUGCUACCCCCGCUACAGUUUCGAAUCCCAUCCCCUCAUCGUCGCCUGCAUUUGCAACACCAGUACAUCCUAUACGACCCUUUAAUCCCAUCGCAACUCCUAUACCAAAAGCGAGUAUUCUGCCAAUUCUCCUUCCUCCUGCGACUUUAAGACCAUUGGCUUUUCGCACUUUCACAAAGAAGCAUAGUUUAACAUUGACGUCGUCGGCAUUACAGGUGUUGGCUACUUUUAUUGGAAAGCAUUGUGGAACAGGAUGGAGGGAAGAAGGACUGGCAGAGAGAGUUUUAGAGGAGGUUGCAAAGAGUUGGAAAAAUAGGAGUGGUGGUGUUAUUGUCGAUGGAGAGGGGACGGAUUUGAAGGAGAUUCUGAAAGCUCUGGAAGGGAACAUGAGUGGUGGAAGGAUAGUUGUAGGAAGAGAAUUAAGCCGGCAGAACAGUUUGGUAUUGGGAUCCUCACAAUAUGGAGAGGUCAAUCAUACCAGACUUGGACUACGGCCAGGGAAUAUACCUAGAGAGGAUAGUCAGUCAAGCUUGGGACUGUCAACGUUGGAGGUUAAUGAUGAGGAAGAUGAGGAUGGCCUGAUGGAUCCAAGGAAGUGGUUAAAGGUCAUUGAUGCUUUUGAGCAACCUCGACUGGUGUAUAAUGUUGCUAAAAAGCACUUUGAUAGAGAUACCUCCAAACCUUCAUUAUUCCCACCAGCGUCCCAUAAAACACUACUCUUUCAAAACCGCUAUAACGUUAUACAUCAACGUCUACUUCGCAAUGAAUCUUUCCAGACGCCCGCUUUUCAAGGUGGCAAAGCUUCCCUUCAACGUAGCACAUCCGCCAUCACCACCCAACAACAAUCAUACAAAUUAACGCCGAUAGCUAAUCUUCUCGGCCGCAACCGCAGCACCCACAUGCUUCUCGGCCUUCUCAGCAUUUCACCCACUGGUACCCUCGCCAUCAAUGACCUGACGGGCAGCAUCGCUCUCGAUCUUACACACGCAACAGCCAUCCCCGAAGAUAGCGCCUGGUUUGCCCCUGGAAUGAUGGUACUCGUAGAUGGCACAUACGAGGAAGAUGAAACUGGAGCAUCAUCCCGUCUUGGUGGAAAUGGGGGCGUAGGAGGUACUAUUUCCGGAAAAUUCGUCGGCUUCUUCAUCGGCCAUCCUCCUCCCGAGCGCCGUCAUGUGACUCUAGGAACUGCCGGUGAGGGAGAUACCACAGCCGGUGGUGGUUUCGGCUGGGUAGAUUUUCUAGGUGUCGGUAGUUCUCGUGCCCUAGGCAACAAAAUGCAACGACUGGAACAGAAGCUUCUCCGGCCACCUCCCCCUGACACAGAUGCGGAUGAUCCCCCGCCGCCAUCCAGAGGCCGUGUAGUUAUUCUUGGUGAUGUACAUCUUGAUGUCCCUCAAACUCUUCAAGCCCUUAAAAAGAUCCUCUCUUUAUACUCGUCUGAACCAGAAGGUUGCACACCUAUGACCUUUAUCCUACUCGGCUCUUUCGUCUCUCAUGCUGUACUCGCUCGGGGCGGGUCGGGAGGCUCUAUAGAAUAUAAAGAAUAUUUUGAUUCCCUCGCCGCUGUUCUCUCCGAAUACCCUACCCUCCUAAGCACAGCAACAUUCAUCUUUGUCCCUGGCCCCAACGACGCAUGGGUUUCAGCCUUCUCAUCCGGGUCUACUGUUCCUCUACCUAGAAAACCUGUACCGGAAAUGUUCACUUCCCGCAUAAAACGUGCCUUUGCAAACGCAAAUACUGAAAUGGAAAAAGAAAACGGAAAGAAAGGAGAUGGAGAAGCCGUUUGGACGAGCAAUCCAGCAAGAGUCAGCUUAUUUGGCAUGAGUUGCGAGCUGGUAGUAUUUCGCGACGACGUCAGCGGACGAUUACGUCGUACCGCCGUUACUCUCAAAUCAUCUCAAAAGUCAACCCCUGAAAACGACGAAGAUGAAGAUAUAGAUAUGUCGCCACCUCCCUCCUCAAUUCCCUCUUCCACACCUCCUCCAGAAAUCGACCCCGAUAUCCAUACCGCGCGUCGUCUUACCAGGACACUCCUCGAUCAGGGACAUCUUUCACCCUUUCCUCUCAAUAUCGCACCCCAGCAUUGGGAUUUCUCAAAUGCGUUGAGUAUCUAUCCAUUACCUACAGCAAUUGUUUUGUGUGAUGUAGAUAGUCCGGCAUUUUGCUUGACGUACGAGGGGUGUCAUGUUAUGAAUCCAGCGGGUGUGGUAGCAAAGGGAAGAAGGGGCGUAGCGAGGUGGAUAGAGUAUGAUGUUUGGGGACGGGCUGGGAAGGUUAGGGAGGUGGGAUUCUAG